GAGUCCGAGGAAAUCGACUAUGCUUGGUUAGUAAUUGCAUCAUCUCCGAAACAGGCGUUGAAUGCAGACAGAGCAGCAGCGCACCAGUUUUUGAUCAUUUCUUUUCUCCUGAAUUACUAAUCAUCACAAAUGUUUUGCAAUGCCUUCGCCGUUGAUACUCAGCCCAAGGCAAAACUACGCCGCCGGAGGUCUCUUUGCUCUUGCCCUCCACCACGUCCAGAUCCACCAAACUCGUCAUCUUGGAUCUCCAUCUUACCACGACCACAGCAAACCGGCGCCAGAACGCACCCUUAAGGAAACCACCCACGGCUGUGAUUCCGUCUCUGAACAUCCUCGGUUCUGGGCCCACCAUUCCUCCGGCCUGCUCCGCCCCAUCUUCAAGUCAUCUUUCUCUCUCACUCUUAAUCUGUACUACUAUAUGUGCCCAUUUUGGCCGUUAUCGUUAUUCUAUUCGUUAUUGAAGUGAGAAAAGAAAUAUAGGGAUCUUAAUAUUUUAAUUGUUCUAGGGUGAUUAAUUUAAGUUUCGGUUAUCAAUUUUAUCUAAGAAAAGGUUUUUAGAGAUCGAGGAUUCAACGUGGACUGGGCUUGAGGAAACUGCUGGAUCUUCAACAACUCAGAAUCAUGUAGAAGCGUUUGUUAAGUCGUUAGUCAAUGAGGAAAUUGGUGGUGGCUCUUCAGAAGCAGAGAGAAAGGAACUUGAUUUGGCAAAAGCAAUCGAUGCUAUGGUAUCAAGAUUGAAGCACUCUCUCAAUUAUCAGUCUUCCAUGCAAAAGUGGUGUGCUUAUGAAAAAGAAUAUAGGGAGAAGUAUUCCACCACUGAAAAACUGGAGGAGGAUUAUGACCCAUCUCUCACAAGACAUGCACAUAUGGAUCCUAUUUCAGGGAUGGGUGAAAAACCAGCGGAAGAUAUAAAAUUGCUUUCGUAUCAUAGGAAAUUGUCAGUUCUGUAUGUCCUUCUUUCGGCUUGUCUAGCAGACACACCAGAAGAAUCCACUAGACAAGUAAAGGGGUACGAUGCGAGAUACCGUGUGGCUCUGCGGUUGAUUGCAACCUGGUUUGAUGUCGAAUGGGUUAAAGUGGAAGCCAUUGAGACCAUGAUAGCCUGUUCAGCAAUGGCUAUAUUGAAAGCAGAAGAAUCAGAUGUAACGGACAUAUCUUCCGAUGAUGCAUGGGCUAAGUGGAAAAGAGGAGGCAUUAUAGGUGCAGCAGCAUUGACCGGAGGUACCAUAAUGGCAAUUACUGGCGGUUUAGCUGCUCCAGCAAUAGCUGCAGGAGUGAGUGCCUUAGCACCAACUCUGGGGACAAUUGUACCAGUGAUCGGAGCAAGUGGGUUUGCUGCUGUUGCCAGUGCAGCCGGAACUGUCGCUGGCUCCGUGGCUGUGGCUGCAUCUUUUGGAGCUGCUGGAGCUGGACUUGCUGGGACUAAAAUGGCUCGAAGAAUUGGAGAUGUGGAUGAAUUUGAGUUUAAAGAAAUUGGGGAAAGCCAGAACCAAGGCCGGUUGGCAGUUGAGAUAUUAAUUAGUGGAUUUGUGUUUGAGGAGCAAGAUUUUAUCAGACCUUGGGAAGGCCCACAUGGAAACUUGGAAAGAAAUUGCACUAGGAUUGAUGAAGCAAGGUGCAAUGAUGACAGUAUUAAGCUCUCUUCUAUCAGCAUUAGCUUUGCCAGCAACCUUAUUUACUAUGACUGAAUUUAUUGACAGCAAAUGGGCUAUUGCUGUUAACAGAUCUGAUAAGGCUGGAGAACUGAUGGCGGAAGUGCUACAGAAAGGAUAUCAAGGACAACGGCCAGUGACAUUGGUAGGGUUUUCUCUUGGGGCAAGAGUUAUUUUCAAAUGUCUCCAGACUUUAGCUGCAGACGAAGGAAAUGCCGGGCUUGUGGAACGAGUUGUUCUUCUAGGUGCACCCAUUGAAAUUUCCACCGUGAGCUGGAAAGCAGCCAGAAAGGUGGUGGCUGGGAGGUUUGUCAAUGCUUAUUCCAUAAAUGAUUGGAUGCUUGGAAUCGUAUAUCGUGCCAGCCUCAUGAGUCAAGGACUUGCUGGGAUUCAACCAGUUCAAGUGGAUGGCAUUGAGAAUGUUGAUGUAACAGAAUUAAUUGAGGGACACUCUGCUUACCUAUGGACUACCCAAAGGAUCCUAGACUUGCUCGACCUUGAUGCAUACAAUCCUGUUUGUGGUCCUGCGACUGACUAGAGAAGUACUACGUAGUACUCUAGUCUUGGAAGUGGGACAACAAUCUGUGUACAAAGUUUGUGCGGCAUCACAAUGAGCAGCAUUUUGGAAAAUAAAGAGCUUUUUUUUUUUUUUUUUAAUUUUUAUAGCGUAAUUUUCCAACAUACUUUAAAUUUACCCACUGGGAGAUGUUCGUGUUGGGAAUUAAAGGGUGGGAUUGAGGAGUUCGUAUAUGGUACCACCGGCUGUACGGUGAGCACCGUACAGCCGGUCCAGUAACAGGCUCAAGGGAAAAUAGGGACAAAAUUUGGUGGCAGUUUUGUAAUUAAUGUAAAAAUCGUGGUAUCUGCUAAAUGAGCAUUAGUGCACUGUUAAUGAGUGGUAGUCCAAUUUUAAUGAGUA